CACGUUGGUGGGGCUCGGCUUCCGGGAUCUGGGGGCCUGGGCUGGUGCGGUCCUCGCGGUGGGUGAUUCUGCUGAAGUGCACCACUGGGAUGAUGAACCGAACGACCCCUGGCCAGGAACGGGCGCCGGUGUCCGAGCCCGUGUGGGAGCGGCCCUGGUCUGUGGAGGAGAUCCGCAGGGGCAGCCAGAGCUGGUCGCUGGCAGCGGACGCGGGCCUACUACAGUUUCUACAGGAAUUUUCACAGCAGACUAUCUCUAGGACCCAUGAAAUCAAGAAACAAGUAGAUGGACUAAUUCGGGAAACUAAAGCCACCGAUUGUCGCCUACAUAAUGUCUUCAAUGACUUCCUUAUGCUGUCUAAUACCCAGUUCAUUGAGAAUCGCGUAUAUGAUGAAGAGGUGGAGGAGCCAGUUCUCAAGGCUGAGGCAGAAAAAGCAGAACAGGAGAAGACCCGGGAACAGAAAGAAGUAGAUCUGAUUCCUAAAGUUCAGGAGGCCGUGAACUAUGGCUUACAAGUAUUGGACAGUGCAUUUGAACAACUAGAUAUAAAAGCAGGAAACUCAGACUCCGAGGAAGAUGAUGCUAAUGAGCGGGUGGAACUGAUCCUGGAACCAAAGGAUCUAUACAUUGAUCGUCCUUUACCUUAUUUAAUUGGGUCAAAGCUGUUCAUGGAGCAAGAAGAUGUAGGUCUUGGAGAGCUAUCCAGUGAAGAAGGUUCAGUAGGCAGCGAAUGUGGUAGCAUUGCGGACAGCGAAGAAGAAAAUGAAGAGGAGGAAUCAGAUGAAGAUUUUGCCAAUCAUAGUGACAAUGAUCAAAAUCAGCACACUGCACAAAUAAGUGAUGAAGAAGAGGAUGAUGAUGGUUGUGACAUUUUCGCUGACUCUGAGAAGGAGGAGGAAGAUACUGAGGACAUUGAAGGAAGUACUAGACCUAAAAGACCUACAACCUUUGCUGAUGAGCUGGCUGCUCGGAUCAAAGGGGAAGCCACAAGGCAGACAGGAGAGGAACAAAGAGAUGAAGAAGAUAACUUGUUCACACCCCCUAAGCUGACCGAUGAAGACUUCUCACCUUUUGGCUCUAGGCGUGGCCUGUUCAGUGGAGGGAAGGGACUUUUUGAUGAUGAGGAUGAGGAGAGUGACCUCUUCACUGAAGCCCCUCGGAAUCAGGCAGCUCAAGCACCUGUUAAUGAAGUGUCUUCAUCCUCCAAACCUGGAAAGAAAAUCCCAGCAGGAGCAGUUUCUGUAUUUUUAGGGGACACUGAUGUGUUUGGUGCAACCUCUGCUCCAUCACUGAUGGAUCCCCAGAAGACCAAGCAGCCCACUUCAGGGAAAAGCUUACACCUCCCAGCACCCUCUGGCCUCUUUGAUGAUGACGAUGAUGACGGCAAUGACUUUUUCGCAGCGUCCUGUAGCAAACCCUCCAAGACAGACAAAGUCAAAUCCCCUGCCAACAUCUUUGAUGAUGAGGAAGGAGAUCUGUUCAAAGAAAAAGCAGUGGCUUUGCCAGAAGCUACUGUGAAUCAGACAGAUGAAAAUACAGCAAGAGCAGAAAAAAAGGUCACCCUGCCUUCGAGCAAAAAUCUUAAGCUCUUACCAGAAAGAAAGACUCAGAAACGUUUAUUUUCAGAUGAGGAAGACACCGAGGAUUUGUUUUCUUCUCAAAAUGUGAGUAAGUCAAAAGAUGCAUCUGUCCUGCCUACCAGACUCCCCACGUCAGCCUUGCUUUUUGAUGAUGAAGAUGAAGAGGAUAAUCUUUUUGGGGCUACAGCUGCUAAAAAGCAAAUAUCAUCUCUACCAACUCAGAGCCUUGAGAAAGCAAAACCCUCGGAGCCCUCCAAAAAGAAAGCAUCUGCCUUAUUGUUCAGCAGUGAUGAGGAGGACCAGUGGAAUAUUACUGAUUCACAGACCAACUCAGCAUCUGACAACAGGUCUAAAGGAGAACUUAGGGACUCUAGGACCACCCAGAACCAGGAGGCUGUGAAAAAAACCAGCCUCUUCGAGGAAGACGAUGAAGAUGAUCUGUUUGUUAUUGCUAAGGACAGCCACAAGAAGACCCAAAGAGCAUCACUCCUCUUUGAAGACGAUGCUGAUUGUGGAAGCUCUCUGUUUGGCUCUCCUCCCACAUCUGUUCCUCCCGCGCCAAUGAAAAAAGAGACUGUCCCUGAGGUACCGCCUUUGCUGUUCAGCAAUGAAGAAGAGAAGGAGGCACAAUUUGGAGUGAAACCUGUGGACCAGAAGGUUGAGAGUGACAAAGGAUUGUCAGAAUUUGGGAGCAUUCAUGUGUUUGAGGAAUCAGAAAAGGAAGGGUCUUUGACUGUAUCUACACAGGAAGUAGUCAAGCAUUCUGAUUUGUUUUCUUCAUCACCCGGAUUGGACAAAGGAGCCAAAAGUAGAACCAAAACUGUUCUUAGCUUAUUUGACGAGGAAGAGGAGAAAACAGAAGAUCACAACGGCAUCCAACCUCUAAAGAAAGAAAUAGGAAAGAUUCCCUCUCCUGAUGCCCGCCCCAAGAGCACAGGUGUCUUUCAGGAUGAAGAGCUCCUUUUUAGUCACAAGCUCCAGAAGGACAAUGACCCAGAUGUUGAUCUUUUCUCCAGCACCAAGAAUACCAGGUUGUUAGAGCCCAGUGUUGGGAGCCUUUUUUGGGAUGAUGAAGAAGAUGACCUUUUCAGUUCUGCCAAGUCCCAGCCUUUGAUAGCAGAAAAGAAGAGGGUGGUGAACAAAGACCUCUCUGUUGGCUCUUUCAAGAACCAGAAACAUCCUGAAUCCACUCAAGGUAUCAAAGAAGAAAGCAUAUGGAAACCGGAAACCCCUCAGGACUCAUCAGGUCCCGCUCCAUUUAAAACCAAAGAGCCAUCCCCUCGGAUUUGGAAAAUACAAGCAAAUUUAGUGAUUAACCCUGCAGUCUUGCUGCCUGCAGCAGCUCUUCAGAUCUCUGGAACAAAUCCUGUUCUGCCAGAAUCGGCUUUUCCUUCGUCUGAACCUGGGAGAAUCCAGAGUCUGGAAAGUAUACCUACUCUUCCUGGGAGUGGGGAGGCCGGCGUGAGUUUUGAUCUUCCAGCUCAGGCUGACACUUUACACAGUGCAAACAAGAGCCGGGUCAAAGUAAAAGGAAAGCGCAGACCACAGACCCCUGCAGCUCGGCGGUUGGCUGCCCAGGAGUCCAGUGAGGCUGAGGACAUGAGUGUUUCCAGAGGAUCCAUUCCACGAUUGGCAGAUGGCACCAUUUCACCUGAUGGCUAUCAGUCACAGCCCAGGGCAGCUGGUGGAAAAGAAAGCCUUGAGGAAGUCCUGACAGCUGCCACUUUAACUUGGACAGGCGGUCUGGUUCCUGGAGUAGACAGAAACCCCUCAGGGAAAUCUCUGGGUCAGCCUCUUGGGGAUGACUUUUCUAAUUCUGGAGAAAUCUUUUCCAAAGACACGGAAUCUCAGCCCAUGGGGAGAAGAAAAGCCAAGGCAAAGGUAGCAGAGAGCCCAGCCAACCCACCAGGGGGAAGUAAAGAAAAGAGCCUCAUGUUUCCUGCUCUGUGUGAGGCAGGUAGUGAUGAUGAUCUCUUUCAGUCUGUUAAAUCAAAACCAGCAAAGAAAAUAAAUCCCUUCCCUCUCCUGGAAGGUGAGGAUUAUCUCUUUCCAGAUCAGAAAGGCAAGAGGAAUGAGUCAAAAUUCAAUGGUCAGCAAGCUGUCAUCUCAAAAGCACAAGAUAUUUUUGAGGAUGAUAUAUUUGCUACAGAAGCAAUUAAAUCCUCACAAAAAAUAAGAGAGAAGGAAAGAACAUUUGAACCCAACUUAUUUGAUGAUAACAUUGAUAUCUUUGCUGACCUAACUAUAAAACCAAAAGAAAAGUCCAAGAAGAAAGUGGAAGCUAAAUCUAUAUUUGAUGAUGAUAUGGAUGAUAUCUUCUCCUCUGGUGUCCAGGCUAAGAAAACCAAACCAAAAAGUCGAUCUUCACAGGCAGCACCUGAACCAAGAUCUGAACAGAAGGUGGCCAACAUAUUUGAUGAUCCUUUGAAUGCCUUUGGAGGCCCGUAGAGCAUAUAGGGUUUCACAUUUCACUCUUCAGCUAUAUCCUUGAGUUAAUACUGCUGUCUUAUGUGUUCAUUGUCUUAACUGAAUUAUAAAAAGCAAAUACUGAAAUAGCAUACUCACCUCUUACCAAAUGCACUUAGUAUUUUUCUGCACUGGUUUUAAUCAUGCUGAAAACUUAAAAAUAAAUGUUUCAC